AUAUCGGAAAUAUGAAAAUCAGACAUUACCUGCAAAACAAUUUGUUUGCACGGCGUUGGCAGACACUACGCAGUGGCACGUCGAGAAGUUGGCCGCCGCCGGACUCCAAACUCCUCUUCACCGGUGAGAAGUUGAAGCUCGAAACUCGAAUCAAUGGCUUUUCCUUCCUGGUUUUCUCGCUUCCGUUCCUCCUACAAGUGCUUCUACCACUCCUUCUUCCGCGGUGCUCAAACUGCCGCCAUUGCGAACACUUCUACCUCUCGGAACGGCGGCCGCCGAUUCUUGUCCCGGUCGGCCUUCGUGAUUCCUUGCGCUCUUGCGUCUGGUUCGGUUGCGUUUCAGUUUGGCUUCCAGUCUAAUCCGUCGCUCUGUGACGCCUCUGAUGCUCACGAUCGGGAUAUUGAACAUCAAUUGAUUAUGAUCCGCAUUUCUGGAUCCAGAAAUCUCAGCUUUGGGGGCAAAGGUAGCACCGAGUAUGUUGUCAAAGGCUCGCCCAAAGACGUUUCACAAGCUUUUAUUAAUGAACUGGGGAGAAUUUGUCAAGAUAACAUGACAUUAGAUUAUGAGGAAAGGUAUUUCCAUGGAAAACCACAAAAUAGCUUUCACGCAGCAGUUAAUAUCCCUGAUGUGGUUGUGUUUCCCAGGUCUGAAGAGGAAGUUUCUAAAAUAGUAAAAUUAUGUGACCAAUAUAAGGUACCUAUUGUACCAUAUGGGGGAGCUACAUCUAUAGAAGGCCACACAUUGGCACCUAAUGGAGGCCUCUGCAUAGAUAUGUCUUUAAUGAAUAAAGUUAAAGCAUUGCAUGUUGAAGAUAUGGAUGUUGUUGUUGAGCCUGGGAUUGGAUGGAUGGAGCUUAAUGAAUACCUAGAGCCUUAUGGUCUAUUCUUCCCUCUUGAUCCAGGCCCUGGGGCAACAAUUGGGGGUAUGUGUGCCACACGAUGCUCUGGUUCACUUGCUGUGAGGUAUGGUACCAUGCGCGACAAUGUCAUCAACCUUAAGGCAGUCCUUGCCAACGGUGAAGUUGUCAAGACGGCAUCUCGUGCUCGAAAGAGUGCUGCUGGGUAUGAUUUGACCCGUCUGAUGAUUGGAAGUGAAGGAACUCUUGGUGUAAUAACUGAAAUCACUCUUAGACUUCAGAAACUUCCAAAGUAUUCAGUGGUUGCAAUGUGUAAUUUUCCUUCUAUUAAAGAUGCAGCAGAUGUUGCUAUUGCGACAAUGUUGUCUGGUAUACAGGUAUCAAGAAUGGAGUUGUUAGACGAGGUUCAAGUGAAGGCUAUCAAUAAUGCUAAUGGAAAGAAUUUGCCUGAAACUCCCACACUAAUGUUUGAAUUCAUAGGAACAGAGGCAUAUUCACGUGAGCAAACAAAAAUUGUUCAGAAGAUAGUUUCUGAACACAAUGGCUCAGAUUUUGUCUUUGCUGAAGAACCAGAAGCCAAAAAAGAACUUUGGAAGAUAAGGAAGGAGGCACUAUGGGCAUGCUUUGCAUUAGUACCCCAUUUUGAGGCAAUGAUCACGGACGUAUGUGUUCCGCUAUCUCACCUGGCAGAAUUGAUAUCAAGUUCUAAACAAGAGCUGGAUGCAUCACCGCUUGUUUGCACAGUCAUUGCCCAUGCUGGUGACGGGAACUUUCACACAGUGAUUCUGUUUGAUCCAAACCAAGAAGAACAACGGAAAGAAGCAGAGAGACUCAACCAUUUAAUGGUUUAUAAAGCAUUGUCAAUGGAAGGAACAUGCACUGGCGAACAUGGGGUUGGUACAGGAAAAAUGAAGUAUCUGGAAAAAGAACUUGGAAUGGAGGCACUGAGGACAAUGAAACGAAUAAAGGCAGCGUUGGAUCCCAACAAUAUUAUGAAUCCAGGAAAGCUCAUCCCUUCCCAUGUUUGUUUCUGAAAAUUUUCAUUCUAUCUAUCUGGAUCCACAUGCAUAUCUCUCACUCUAACAACAUCUCUUAAAUUAGCAUGUUUGUUAAACAAGUGUUGAGAAUUGUACUGAGUUUUGAGAUAGACUUGAAAUGAAAUCAUAUCUCUAAUCGGGGUCGAUCUUUAGUUGAAGUAUC